AUGAGGACGGCCGGGUACACCCUCCUGACCCUUCUCCUGUCGCUAUCACAUCUCACCGCCGCCGUAUCAAUAGACUGCCAACACAUCCGGGUUGACGGCAAGAAGUUUGACCUGUCGAAGCUCGCGGGGCGGCAUUCCGUCAGUGUCCACGACACCUCGAGACCGCCGGCCGAAUACAACACCACAUGGACGAUCGACCUGUGUGCGCCGUUGAAGAAGCUGGAGGGCAUAAGAGACCAGGAUCAGUGUCCACACGGAACUCGAGUAUGCGGCGUUGUCCGAUCGUGGAACCCGGCCGACGACCCGGAGAAGAAGCACGUCGAAGUUGAGAACGUGAUUCCGGUCGCAGGGAACUUCGAGUCCAGCACCGGCGCCAGUCUCGAUCCCAAGGUGUCGCGGUUGAAGGCACAGGACUCGAACUCGGACGGUCUGCAGAUCGAACUAAACGGCGGCAACUACAACAAGAUGAAGCAAAAGGCCGUGAUCCAGUUGACGUGCGACAAGGACCGAACCGGUAUCGAGAAGAGGAAGCAGAAAAAGCGCGAUGGCGAGGAUGAUGCCGACAAGGACAAGAACAAAGACACGGACAAGGACGGGGAAGACCAACCAAACUCGUCCAGCCUGAGUUUCGUGAGCUAUGGCCCGGUCGAAGGGAAGGACAAGAUCGAGGUCCUGCGGCUCAAUUGGCGGACCAAGUACGCGUGCGAAGACUACGCCGACAGCGACGAGGCGAGGAAGAGCGGCUGGGGUUUCUUCACGUGGUUUAUCCUGAUCGCCUUUCUGGGCAUCGCCGCCUACCUCAUCUUUGGCUCCUGGCUGAACUACAACCGCUACGGAGCUCGGGGCUGGGACCUGCUGCCGCACGGAGACACGAUCCGCGACAUCCCCUACCUCUUCAAAGACUGGUCGCGGAAGGUGAUCGACACCGUGUCCGGCGGGGGUUCGAGGGGCGGGUAUAGCGCUGUAUAA